AUGAAAAAAUGGAAAGAGAAACUCCUUAUAUUUUAUUUAAAUACUCAGGUAAUUAUAAUUUGAUUAUUUAUAGGUUUUAUAGAUAUAAGAUGUUAAGGAUUAAACAUAAAAAUAGAUUAGAAUUUAUGAUUACACGUUCAAAAGAUUAGGCAGAAAUUAAGAUAAAUAUGUGAUAAAGUUGUAGUGUUGAUAAAAUGAGAUCAAAUUAGGUUGGAAUAAUGAGAAGGAGUAUUUGUAAUGGUGUAAUUGCUUUUCUGGAGAAUGGUAGAAAAAGUUGAUCCAAAGAAAAGUUUUAGAAGAAUUUGAUAGAUCAUUACCUGAAGUAGAACCUUACAUUGAUAAAUAACCAUUAGUAAUAAAAUCUCAAGCUAAGCCAAGUUUAUUGUCAAGGGAGAAAAUUUAGAAGAUGAUUCCAUAUUUACCUGAUUUUAUAUAGGUAUUAUUAAUUACAAUAAAAUAUUAGAAAGAUAUGGAAAUAUUUUUUUAGAACACAUUACAAAAUUUGGAUAGUUUCAUUGAUAUUUAGAAUUUUAAAUAAAUUUUAGAUUCAUUAAAUGUCCAGUUAUAUUAGGACACAAAUGAUAUAAUAAUUAAAUUGAUCGUAAUUUUGCUUAACAUUUAGAUAAAUAUAAAAUAAUUAGAUCUGCUUUAGUAGUUUAAAAUUCCAAGUAUUGAUUUUGAUAAUCAUUUAGUAAGUAAGAUUAUAAAAGUUUGUUGAUUGAAGAGAUAUAUGUUGAAUGUUAAGAUAAAGAUGCAGGAGAAAAAAUGUUGAAAGUCUUGUUAAUGAAUAUUACUUCUAAUGAUAGAAAUUUAAUUUAAAUUUAAGAAUAAAUUUAAUAGAUAACAGAAAAUGUAAUUACUAAAAAUUACGAAAAUUUAGAUACACUAUAAAUCUCUAUUAAACUAACAGAUUAAGAAAUCUUUAGAAUAACAUCUGAAUAACAUUAAAUAAAAUCUCCAGAAGAGUUUCUCAAACUCAUUGACAAAGUCUACACUGGAGAAUAUAUAAAUGAAGCCAUAAAUUCUUAUUCAGAUUAAAGAAUAUUAUAAGGAUUAACUUUGCAAUUAGAUAGUACUGAAGAAGAUGGACAUUUCUUGUAUACUAAACAUUAUAGAGUUGAUUCAUAAAGAGGUGGAUUCACUUAUCAUAAUGAAAGACUAUUAAGAGAUUAAAGAUCUGUACUCUUGAAUAUGAUCAAGAGAAUAGGAUCUAAUAUAAUUAAUGGUAAAUCUGUUAUGUCAGUUUCAUUACCAAUAUAGAUUUUUGAGAGCAGAUCAUUUUUGGAAAGAAUGGCAAGGGCUUAAAGACAUGCACCAUUAUUUUUGGAGCUGCAGCCCAAUCAAUUGAUGUGA